ACUCGGCACAUCUCUAGGCUCUGAUGGCUAGGGGGUGUCCUUGUCAGUCCUUGUCGACAGCACACAAAUAAAUUGAUUGAUUGGGCGCUGAUUGUGCAUGAUUUAUCAAUUACCUACAUACACCGUGAAUUGCUUUUAUUACUGUACUGACUGAUACGCAACAAGCCAGUUGCUUGUUAUUUUUGUCUUGAACAUUAACUUCUCAAAAUGUUGAGGGUAAUAGAAAAAGUCGUACCAAGGAAAUGGCCAGCAGUUAACUGCUAUUUAAAUCAUUCCCAUCGGUUGGCAACAGCAGCCCUGUCUGAGCCUCAGCAACCAUGUAUCAAAACUGCUGUGCCUGGGCCUAAAACAGUUGAAUUAUUCAAGGAACUUAAUGCGAUUCAGCAAGCGGGUUCGGUCCAAUUAUUCGCUGAUUAUGAUAAAAGUAUUGGUAACUACUUUGUGGAUGCUGAUGGCAAUGAAUUUUUGGAUGCAUUCACCCAAAUCUCAUCAAUUCCCAUUGGAUAUAACCACCCUGAAUUACUUACUGCAUUCAACGAUGAACACAAUCUGAAAGCUUUAGUAAAUCGACCAGCAUUAGGAGUAUUCCCUUCAAAGGAUUGGCCCGAGAAAGUAAAAAGUGUAUUGUUAUCAGUUGCACCUCAGGGCCUGAAUAAUAUUUCGACAAUGAUGUGUGGCUCCUGCUCCAAUGAAAAUGCGUAUAAAGCAGUAUUUAUGUGGUACCGUACCAAGGAGCGUAAUGGAAAAAUUGAUUUUACACCUGAGGAAAUGGAAUCUUGUAUGUUGAAUCAAGCGCCUGGAGCACCAAAACUCUCAAUAAUGUCUUUUAAGGGCAGUUUCCACGGACGCACUUUUGGUGCUUUGUCUACGACCAGGUCUAAACCGAUCCACAAAUUGGACUGCCCAGCUUUUGAUUGGCCUGUGGCUCCAUUCCCGAGAUACAAAUAUCCUUUAUCAGAGUUUGAAUCGGAGAAUCGACAAGAAGAUGAGAAAUGUCUAGAGCAAGUGGCUGAUGUCAUUCACACUUACAAGAAAAAAGCCAAUCCCGUGGCUGGGAUAAUAGUCGAGCCCAUACAAUCAGAGGGCGGGGAUUACGAGGCUUCUCCUAAGUUCUUUCAAAAUCUUCAAAAAAUAUGCAAAGAGAAUGGCGUUGCCUUGAUUGUCGAUGAAGUACAGACAGGAUGCGGACCUACCGGCAAGAUGUGGUGUCACGAACAUUUCGAUCUGCCCUCUCCUCCAGACGUUGUUACGUUCAGCAAGAAAAUGCUGACUGGUGGAUUCUUCUUUAAUUCUGACUUCAGGGCUCCACAGGCGUACCGUAUAUUCAACACAUGGAUGGGAGACCCAGGAAAAUUAAUUCUUUUGGAGCGAGUUUUGAACGUCAUCAAAAAAGAAAACCUUUUGAAUUUGGUCUCAGAAACUGGGAAUGUUCUUAAAGGUGGCCUUCACGAUCUUGAAAAAGAAUUCCCUAAUCUGAUGAACAGCGUGCGCGGUCGCGGAACAUUCUUGGCUUUCAAUUCAUGCAGUACUGAGAUGCGAGAUAAGAUUAAUAAUAAUCUAAAGACAAAUGGUGUUCUGGGCGGCGCCUGUGGCGAGCUGGCUAUACGUCUUCGCCCAGCUCUGAUUUUCGCACCAAAGCACGCUGAAAUUUAUUUGGAUGCCUUGCGAAAAACUCUCAAACAACUUUAAUGUAAUAUGUUAGUGUGUUACAGUAUUAUUGAAAUUAUAUGAAGCAUAAACAGUAUUAUAAAAUAUUCUUUAGGUAUUACGUAAUAUUACUUAUUUAAACCUUUAUUUUAUACUGGUCAAUUUGAAUUCAGUUUCAGUCAGUUAUUUGUGUAAUUAAUAUGUUUAGAAUAUUAUGUAUCUACUCUUUAACUAUAAAUAUUAUUUUGUUGACAAGUAGGUAAUUUAUUCUGAUUUAUCGUUUGAUAAGCAAUAGUGAGUGCCAUAAAUUGAAUAAGUAUAAAAAAUGAUGAAUGGUUUAAAUUCUUAUCUUGAAUAAUUGAAGUUUCCUAUAGAUAUUUUAACUUCUCUUGAUUUAGAUCAUUAUUUUAGUCUGUUAAACUUAUCUAGCUACCUUGUUAAAAAUAUUGUAUACCACAAACGUAUGUCUUCCAAUAAAUAAAUAACAUAUUUAAGAAUGA